GACGUGUACACGUAUCUCUCCCAAACACUGCGAUAAGAGGGAAAAGAACAUGUUUACGUCACCAACCUUAAUUAAUCUUUUUCAAUAAGAUUUAUACCAUUUAAAUAUUGGGUGUAGCAAAACUGUACAUGUCUGACUAAACAUUAGAUAUGCUUAAUGGGUUUGAAUAUAAACAUAUUGAUCCCGUAGUUAAUAUAAACAUCCAGGUAAAAGUAAAAAAAUGGCGGAGAGACAGUACCACCUAAAAUUUGACAACAAAAAUGCACAGGCUGUGGACGAAUAUUUGGAAUACAAAAGAAUCGUUGGUGAUGAUGACGGGGGAGAACUCAUGACACCGGAUCAGUUUGAGGAAUACAAAAAGAAAGUACUGCCAAUGAGAAUGAAAAACAGACUGUUCGUUAGUUAUUCUGCACCCACUGGUAUGGACUGUAAAAUGAUCGGACCUGAAACGCCAUGUUUCUGUACACAUAGAUACAAACAGCAUAAAACUGAUUUUGAAGUUACACCUACAGAAAGACCUAUAAAACUCCCCUGCAGACAGAGGGGAUGCAAAUGUGUAACUUACCAUUUCGCUCCACUAAAUGGUAGUCAGCCAAUAAGAUGCACGUGCAAACACACGUCCGAAGAGCAUUCAGAAGAACAACCUUACCGGUGCAAAAAACGAGGGUGUAUAAAAUGCACUGGGUUUACAAGUUCCUUCACUUGUGGCUGUGGAGGUUCAUACAAACAACAUAAAAUGGUCGUAGAAACUGCGGAAGAACGCGAGGCCAGAGGUCAUCCAAUAGGACAAGCCACGCCUUAUGCUGCCAUGGGUGGAAUAACUGGAUUUUCGUCCCUGGCAGACGGAUAUAUGAGGCUAGAUCCUAGCGGUAGAGGUGCUCCAAACAAAGGUUUCCUUGAGCAGUCGAUCACAUCAGCUGACAACCCAUUCUUACGAUCAAAUGUUCAGGCGAUUAAAUCUCAUCAAAUGCAGAAGAACAUGCUGAAAGGAGGUAUUGACGACCCAGACGAUGAGAUAUUUAGUGACCUCACUGAGAGGGUUUCUCAGAUGAAGAGGCCAGGAGAGGCUGACAUGGAUUAUUAUGAGAGGAGGUAUCAAGAAAAGAAAGCUGGCGGGAGAUCAAAUGUUACAGAUAGUUAUGGUCAGCUUGGUGCGGGAACGAGAAAAGCUAUUGAUGAUAAACCACGCUCAGCAAGAACUCCUAAACCAAGAAAAUAGAAUGCCUUUUUAUUUUGUUGCACAGUUAUAUCUUAAUUAGGACCUCUGCUUUUAGAAUUUUCUCGACCAAAUACAUUUAGGGCAUUGUAUGGCUCUAACAAGUCGUCAAACGGUUAAUUUUAAGUCGUAUUUCCCUUCAGUAUUUUAUAUUUGCAGCAUAAUAUAGUAUUAUUUAAUGUGAAGCCUCGUUUUAAAAAAAAAGUACUUGCCAAAGGAAUGACUGAUUUUGAUCUAUUCCUAUCAUCUUUGUUAAAAGCCCCGCCUUCUUACCUAAUAUAGAACCCUACUAACCUAAUACGGAAUAUACACGCGGUUGCUUUUAUAACCUAUCAUAUUCCUAGAAAUGUAUAGGAGGUAAGAUAAACUAUAAUAUGGUAAUAAAACACAAUGAAUGGACCAUUUCCAAUGUUACCAGCAAUUUGGUUUUGUUAAAUUUCAUUCACAAGCUCAAGUGUACUCUACAGGAAUUAAAAUAAUGUAUUGCUUUUUCAUAAGUAUUGUUUCUGUUAUUUGUACACUUCUGAUUGUUAUGACUGUUAUGAUGAUGAUGUAUAUUUCCGUCCAUUUAUAUUGUUCACUUGUUAACUAUAUCAAACUAUAUAGAUAUUUAUAAGACUGUGAUAGAUCAUAUAUACUAGCUGCUUUAAGAAUUUUAUUAUAAGAUAUUUUCAAUAGAUUUACAUUAAAAUAGAUAAUAUGAA